AUGGGUUCCAUACCAGCUACUUGGGACCGGUUUGUCCUAUUCGAAUCCGCCGAUGGAAAAGAGCUGUGCGGUGAGCCGGUUGACAAGGAUGUCGAUGUUGGCGAGGCCGUGGCUGCCGGAGAGACAGUCAUGGUCAACGUGCUAGACGUUUCAUCUGCCCUUUCUGAGGGCGGCAGGCCAACAGGGGAGACUGCGUCGAUCCACAAGCUUCUCUCCCCCAUUCGACCCUCCGAAGUCGGAACUGUCAGGUGCGUCGGCCUCAACUUCAAAGACCACGCCGCCGAACUGCAGUGCCCCCUCCCUGAUAUCCCAGAAGUCUUCUUCAAGCCGUCCAACACGAUAACGAACCCUUCAUCACCCAUAAUCCUCCCGUCGUGCGCUCCCUCCGCCGUAGACGCAGAGGUAGAGCUGGCGGUUAUCAUAGGCCGAGACUGUCGCAACGUGUCCGUGGCCGAGGCACCGGCGUAUAUCCUUGGAUACACGGCUGCCAACGACGUGACGGCUCGAGAUGUGCAGAAGCAGACAUCGCAGUGGGGGUUCAGCAAGAGCUUUGACGGGUUCUGCCCUCUGGGUCCAUGCAUCGUUAGAGCUAGUGCCAUGUGCAGUGCCGUGAGCGGCGUGGGGCUGAAAUCGGUACUCGAUGGCGAGGUGCUGCAGGACGGGUCGACCGAUGAGUUCAUCUUCUCAGUUGGCGAGAUUGUGGCGCAUCUGUCAAGGGAUACAACACUGCCGAGGGGGACUGUGAUUCUCACAGGUACGCCGUCGGGAAUCGGUCACAGCAAGAAGCCGCCUAGGUAUCUCAAGCCUGGAUGCGAUCUGUCUGUCUCCAUCACGCCGAGUAUUGGUACACUGAGAAACAAGGUUGUUUCCAGUUCCAAAGUAUAG